CUUCCGCAAACCCUGGCCACUGUGUUUACGUUUUACAACAGAGCUCCCUGGAUUUACCAAACUAAUACGACAACGAAGGCAACCAUUGACAAAGAGCAUAUUGGAUAAACAAAAUACAAGCCAGCAUGGCAUCUGACUCCCCACGCAGACCAAGUCGCUGCGCUGGAGGAGUUGUGGUGCGAGCUCAAGCUGCCACGGAGCAGUCCUACAUGGAAAGCGUGGUGACGUUCUUGCAAGAUGUCGUCCCGCAGGCAUACACAGGAGCGCCUCCGACUGACGAAAAGGAGAAAAUCAUUUGGGUGCGAUUUGAGAAAGCUGACGUCAAUGACACAGCCCGUAACCCUGUGUUCAAGGAGAUGCACAGUGGAACUACAGAGCCUCCUCUCUGCCUCAUGAUUGGCUACACUGAUGGGAUGCAGGUCUGGAGCAUAUCGUUGGCUGGGGAGGCCCAAGAGCUGUUCUCUGUCCGCCAUGGUCCAGUCCGGGCCGCCCGCAUCCUGCCAGCCCCUGAUAUCAGCCAUCUGAAGACAGACAGCUUUGCAGACAAGAGGCCCCUGCUGGGCGUUUGCAAGAGCACAGGCUCCUCCGGGACAAGCCCCCCAUACUGUUGUGCGGACCUUUAUUCUCUACGGAGCGGGGAGAUGGUGAAAUCUAUUCAGUUCAAGACACCCAUCUAUGACUUGCACUGCAACAAACAGAUUCUUGUGGUAAGCCUACAAGAGAAGAUUGCAGCUUUUGACAGCUGCACAUUCACAAAGAGGUUCUUUGUCACAAGCUGCUUUCCCUGCCCGGGUCCAAAUCUUAAUCCUAUUGCUUUGGGAAGUCGCUGGCUAGCCUAUGCUGAGAAUAAGUUGAUCCGUUGUCAUCAGUCUCGUGGCGGUGCUUGCGGUGACAAUGCCCAGUCCUACACAGCCACCGUUAUUAACGCUGCCAAAACUCUAAAGACGGGCCUGACCAUGGUGGGCAAGGUGGUGACCCAGCUGGCCGGCACCGUCCCCGCCGGCAUCCCGGACGAAGAGGGCGUCCCACACAGCAGCGGUCGCCGCAGUCCCAACAACCCUGGGGUGGUCACCAUCAUCGACACGCUGAACGUGGGCGAAGGCCAGGUCUUGGUGAGUGAGGACUCGGACGGAGAGGGGGCAGUGGCUCACUUCCCAGCUCAUGACAAACCCAUAUCCUGCAUGCAAUUCAACCCAACUGGCAUGCUGUUGGUUACGGCAGACACCCUGGGCCAUGACUUCCACGUCUUCCAGAUCCUCACGCACCCGCUGGCGUCCUCCCAGAGCGCCGUGCACCACCUCUACACGCUGCACCGCGGGGAGACGGAGGCCAAGGUCCAGGACAUGUGCUUCAGCCAGGACAGCCGCUGGGUGGCGGUCAGCACCCUGCGCGGGACCACCCACGUCUUCCCCCUCAACCCGUACGGCGGCGCCCCGUGCGCCCGCACGCACAUGUCCCCCCGCGUCGUCAACCGCAUGUCCCGCUUCCAGAAGAGCGCCGGCCUCGAGGAGAUUGAGCAGGAGCUCAACCGCAGCGCGGCCGCAGCCGGAGGAGCCGGAGGGGGGGGCGGAGGCGGCGGCGGCGGCGGUGGAGGAGCAGGAGCAGGAGGAGGUGGAGGAGGAGGGGGCUGUGUCCUGGGGAGUGGCGUGGGUGGACGCUGCAGCCCCAUACCUGGCCUCUCCAGCAGUCCGUCAGGCUCACCGCUACACGCCAAGCUAAGCAGCCAGGAGUCCUACAACAACUUCACUAACAACCACAUGGGGAACCCCCGGCUGUCCCCGCUGCCCAGCCUCACCAUGGUGCUCCCCCUGGCCCAGAUCAAGCAGCCCAUGACCCUGGGCACCAUCACCAAACGCACCGGACCCUACCUCUUUGGGGCGGGAUGCUUUGCCAUUAAAACUCCAUGCAAAAGCAAGCCGGCGCCACAGAUCUCACCCAGCAAGUCCAGCGGAGGGGAGUUCUUCGUUGCCACCGUCUUUGCCUCGUCGCGCUCCUGGUUCAUCACUCAUCCCAACAUGAAGAGGGAGAAAGACCAAUCCAGGCAGUCGGUGGUCGACUCGCUGUACAUCCUCAGUUGCUACGGCAACUUGGUGGAGCAUGUCCUGGAGCCUCGUCCCAUCAGCACAGCGCAGAAGAUCAGCGACGAGACGCCUCUGGAGCUGAACAGCUGUCCCAGGGCCUGCUGGACAUUGUGCAGGACCCCACAGUGGAACGAGCUGCAGCCCCCGUUCAACACCAACCAUCCCCUGGUGCUGGCGUCCGACCUGGUGCAGUACUACCAGUAUCUCCUCGUCGGCCUGGUUCCGCCUGGCAGCCCGGGGCCUAUCGCACGUCACGAGUCCUACGACAGUCUGUCCUCAGAGCCCAGCGGGCCUGAGAACGAAGAGUGGCUCUCGCAGGUGGAGAUCGUGACCCAUACGGGUCCCCACCGACGCCUCUGGAUGGGGCCCCAGUUCCAGUUCAAAACCAUCCAGCCGUCGGGCCAGACCACCGUCAUCUCCUCGUCCUCCUCGGUGCUGCAGGCCCACGGCCCCGCCCACGUGCAGCAGCCCCUCCUGGACUUCGACACGGACGACCUGGAUGUGCACAGCCUCAGGAUCCAGCCAGUGCGUUCUGAGCCCAUGAGCAUGCCCGGCUCCUCAAGACUAGUGGCAGAACGUAGAACGCAGCCCAACCUCAUGGACGCUGGUUCAGGUGAGUGUUUUUGGUUUUUAGAUAUGCAUCCAAAGAGCAGACAGACGGCAGGACAUACAGGGUUAAGGUUAUUUUUCCUUUCAUUUUAAAUUAUUUUUCAUUUGAUACUUCUUUCAUUUUGAACUGUGCCUAUUUUGUAUUACUCACGAACACAAAAGGAGGAUAUCAUUCAUAUUUUGCGCACAUUGACCUGGUACAGCUGUGUGUACUAUGAGUUCAAAAGUUCCACAACAGCGUUGUGUAUCUCUGUGUGCAGUUUUGGUUUUAAGAAGUGUGUGGUGUGUGUUUGUGCAUUAGUAUUUUGCGUCGUAUGUUUACCUCAGAGCAAAUGUGGGUGUAGGGGUCUGUAAUAAGUGUGUGUGUGUGUCUGCGUUUUUGCGUGUGUGUGUGUGUGUGUGUUGACUCGGGGCGGACCAAGUCGUCUUCCUCCAGACAGUCACACACUUGACGAAGCGCUCAGGAAGCCCCAGUGUCUGAGCCACUGAUCUCUCUCUCUCUCUCUCUCUCUCUCUCUCUCUCUCUCUCUCUCUCUCUCUCUCUCUCUCUCUCUCUCUCUCUCUCUCCCCCCCCCCCCUCUCCCUCUCUCUUUCCCUUAAAUCAAAUAACAACAAUUCAAUCCAAUGCACUCUGCCAGCCUCUGCAGAUCAAAGAAAAAAUACCAAUGUGGACUUAAAUAUAAGAUUCAAUAUAUAAAAUAAAUACCAGAUCUAAAGUAUAAAAAUGUGAAAUAAAAGGACAGGAUGAAGGAAUUAGUGCUGUGAAGAAACAUGAGAGAUAAUUGAUACUGUGCAUGUGGAGCUGUUCCAUCUCUCUCUGCACUCUCUACACCUACACUACCAUCCCAAUGCUACAUGGAUUCACCCUCACUGGAGAAUGUGUUUUCCGAUGUGUGUGUGUUCGCGGAGGGUGUGAGUGUGUCUGUGUGUGUGUGUGUGUGUGUGUGUGUGUGUUUGCGUGUGUGUUUGCGUGUGUGUGUGUGUAUGUGUGUGUGUGUGUGUGUGUGGGAGCUGGCGUACCCUCUCCUCCUGUAGGAUGAAGUGUUCAACCCGGGCUGCUUGUUGUGUCUGUUCUUGAGGACCGACGUGUUGCCCGGGGGAGGCCUUCUUCUGGUCGCACCUGGCUUUACAAGGACUGGACCAUUCAGAACACAUUUCUUAGACGUUGGUUCCUGUGGUCCCGGUGUUCUGAAGCAGUGCUUGCUGGGAGUAUAUUUAAUUUGCAGUUGGGUCCUCGGGUCCUCGGCAGUGUGCAGUCGUUCUGCUGCUGCUGCUGCCGUCGUUUGAUCUUCCCCAUUGAAAUAUGGGGUCUCCGGGACGGUGUUUCAUAUAACCCUGUACUUCUUCAAACCAGGGCUAUAAAUUACAAAAUGGCGACCUCAGCUAAGAAGAGGAUAGCUGUGGGGAUAGGAGGGAGGGGGGCUGAUCUCUCUCUCUCUCUCUCUCUCUCUCUCUCUCUCUCUCUCUCUCUCUCUCUCUCUCUGCUUUUUUUCUCCUCACCCCGUCCUUGUGGGAUCAAACGAGUGGGAGGAUCUGGACUAAUAAAUCAGAUGGUACAAGUGGUUAGGAGUUUUUUUUUUAACUUUCCUUUUCCGUGAGAAGAGGUGCGAGUGGGUUGGAGGAGGGGUCUCGUUGUGUCUUGAUCCGUGGUCACUGUGGUCAAAUUAGGAAGGUCAACAGAAAAACAGGAGAAUGUCCACCUUUAAAGUGCUGAUAAGCCCCAGUUCCCCGCCACCCCCGCCUCUGUACCCAUUACUUCAAUCAAUGAUAUACUCAACAAGUAAUAUUUAGUGGCUAACAGGUCCACGCACACACAAAUGUUCUAUUUUAAGGGAGAAUGGAAACUUGAGGGUUUUUGUCCUGCUGAUAUUUUGAUUUUAUUAUUUUUCUCGUGUGGUUAGACCAGCACAUUUUUUUAAUAUACUUUUUACGGAUUUGGCUAACACCCCUUCUGAUCUUAGAACAUGUUUCACUGUGUGUGUGUGUGUGUGUGUGUGUGUGUGUGUGUGUGUGUGUGUGUGUGUGUGUGUGUGUGUGUGUGUGUGUGUGUGUGUGUGUGUGUGUGUGCGCGUGCGUGUUUGGUGUGAGUGCAUGCGUGCUUGCACAUGCGCCUGUGUGUUUGGACGUAUCAAGUAUUGAUUAUUAAUGUAUGCUGGGUUACCCUUGUUUUACUUUAAGCGGUAUUACAUUGAGGCUACAGCAAAGCCCUAUGGUUUAAGUUAGUGAAAUGCAAGUUUGGUUAAAGAGCUGACAGAGACCUAAAGAAGACGAAGGUACAUGUGUUUCUAUUGAGGAUGUCAACGUGUGGUUCUCCUUGUGUCUUUUGUAUUUUGUGUGUUGUGCGUCUCUUUUCUAAACCCUCUCUUUUUCUUCACACAAAUAAGUACGUUUGUGU